AGUGCACGGGCUCGUGGAGCGCAGUCGCAGACAGUGCGCAUUGCCGGUGUGGUUCUCGCUGAUGCGUGCCUCUUCUCCUCCUCCUUUUCUGGAUGUGUUUGUGUUUUCUUGCACUUUGGGGUUAAUACAGUACGAAAUAUUAGUGCAGUGGACGCAGCGCUGAUCGUUACAGAUCAUGUCCACCAUGGUCUAUCCUCACGAAGAGAGACUAGAGAAGAUGACACAGGAGGAAAUCAUCUCCAGCACCAAACUGGUUAUCCAGGGUCUGGAAGCUCUGAAAAGCGAGCACAACUCCAUACUGAAGAGUCUUGUGGAAACCAUCCAGUGUUUGAAGAAGGAUGAGGAGGCCAGUUCAGUUCACGAGAAGUCCAAUCUUCUCCGCAAGUCUGUGGAGAUGAUCGAACUGGGCCUAGGUGAAGCACAGGUCAUGAUGGCUUUGGCCAAUCACUUGGGCGCAGUAGAGUCCGAGAAACAGAAGUUACGAGCUCAAGUGCGACGGCUCUGUCAGGAAAAUCAGUGGCUGAGAGAUGAGCUGGCCAACACCCAGCAGAAACUUCAGAAGAGUGAACAAAACGUCGCCCAACUAGAAGAGGAGAAGAAACAUCUGGAGUUCAUGAAUCAGCUUAAAAAAUACGAUGACGGUGUCUCAGAAGCGGGAGAUAAAUCUAGUGAAGCUCCAAAAGACCCACUGGACGAUCUGUUUCCUAAUGAUGAAGAUGAGCAAGGCCCACACCAGCACAACAGUGCAGCAGUUGCUGCCGCCCAGCAGGGUGGGUACGAGAUACCGGCCCGUCUCCGAACCCUCCAUAACCUGGUCAUCCAGUACGCCUCUCAAGGCCGGUACGAGGUGGCCGUGCCGCUCUGCAAACAGGCAUUAGAGGACUUGGAGAAAACAUCUGGACACGACCAUCCUGAUGUAGCCACCAUGUUGAACAUCCUGGCUCUGGUUUACAGGGAUCAGAAUAAAUACAAGGAGGCUGCCCACCUCCUCAAUGAUGCCCUGUCAAUCAGAGAAAAGACCCUCGGUAAAGACCACCCAGCAGUGGCAGCAACUCUCAACAACUUGGCCGUCCUGUAUGGAAAAAGAGGAAAAUAUAAGGAGGCAGAACCUUUGUGUAAGAGAGCGCUGGAGAUCAGAGAGAAGGUGUUGGGCCGUGAUCAUCCAGACGUGGCGAAACAGCUGAAUAAUUUGGCUCUGCUGUGUCAGAAUCAAGGGAAAUAUGAAGAGGUGGAGUAUUAUUACUGCAGAGCUCUAGAUAUCUAUGAGAAGAAACUUGGACAGGAUGACCCCAAUGUUGCCAAGACCAAAAACAACCUGGCGUCUUGUUAUCUGAAACAGGGAAAGUACAAGGAAGCUGAAAUUUUGUAUAAAGAGAUCCUGACACGUGCUCACGAGAAGGAGUUUGGAUGUGUUGAUGUUGAAAAUAAGCCCAUCUGGAUGCAUGCUGAGGAAAGAGAGGAGAGAAAAGGAAAUAUAACAGAAGGAAAGCAUGGAGAAUAUGGCGGCUGGUACAAAACCUGCAAGGUGAACAGUCCCACAGUAAACACCACACUGAAGAACCUCAGCGCUCUGUACCGUAAACAAGGUAAAAUAGAGGCGGCUGAGACCCUAGAGGAAUGUGCCAUGCGAUCCCGCAGACAGGGAGCAUCAGUCGAUCCUCAGAGAGAUGGUGGCAGAAGACGAAGCACUUCAUCUGUGUCCAGUAUCAGAUAUGACUGCAGCAGUGAGACUGGAGAUGAGGGCAGUGUGGAAUGGAAUGGGGAUUAAACUCAUCUUCUCAUCUUCUUCAUCACUGUCUGCUUCUACAUUAAACGACAUCUGUUUGAUCUGAAUGAGUCCUCAGGUUUCCUCUCUGCUCUGUGGCGUCUAUGAAGAGCUUUAACUCUUUCCAAAGUCUGAUGGGAUAUCUUACAUUCCCUGUCUGUAUAUUUUCUGUCUGUCUCUGUCAUGCCUGAUUCUUCUGCCGACAUUUUUUAUCGGUUUGCUUUUUCCUCUGUUCUUUGUCUUUAUUGUACUCUGUGUAAUACUGUAUACAGUGGCAAGAAAAAGUAUGUGAACCACACUUUGCCAUAAAAUGUGAUCGGAUUCUCAUCUAGGUCUCAACAAUAUACAAACAGAAUGUGUAUACAGGGGUUUACAUAAUUUUUUCUUGCCACUGUGUAUAUAUAUCAUUACAUUAACACAAUUAAUAGCACAUUUAUUGUUAUAUACAACCCCUGGGAUUAUAAUAUACACUAUGUUUAAUGAUAUCUAUUGGUGCAGGAUCAUAGCAGGUAUUUCUCACAUAUAUCCCACUGUCUGUUGUUCAAUCACACACAGAGCUUAAGCCUCAUGAAUAAAGUAAAAUGUUUUAUGUAAAUAAAUACCCUGGUGUUCACAGUACAUAUCCACACCUACGUAUGUUAACCUUUAAUCUACAGUGUUAAUAUGCACUAUACAUAUGAGCACAUAUUUAUAUACAUGUAAAAGGAAAGUCUAUAUGCAAAUAUACUAUGAUACACAGAUUAUCAGUUAGUCUCAUAAUGGCAUGAUAUGUUGUUGAUACCUUCUGUGACUUUGCACAUAUACCAAAAUACAACAAAAUCAUUAAAAGUGUUUACUUACUAUCCAGACAAACUAUUAAACCACAGUGAAUAAACAUCUAUAGACUUAAUUAAAGGUUAACCACUCUAUUCAUGUUGCAUUGCAGGUUAGUUUGAAUCUCUCGGUAGUUUAUUAAUUUAAGACCUGUGAUUGUUGAUUUGUGGGAUGUUUCGUGUGUGUGUGUGUGUUUCUGCAUGUAUUCAUUAACAUCUUAUGACAUUUAACCUAAUAAAGAUUCAAGAGCUGGGCUUCUCUGUCUAUAUGGAAAUAAAUGUGAAAAACUUUGCAACAGAAAUAAAAGUGGUUUUAUGUCCAAGGCCCUGUUUACACCUGGUAUUAAGAUGUGUUUGGUCGAUGAGAUCACAAGGGGACACAGUGGCUGCGUGGCGUUUCUGUUGCGUGCCAGUUGCGUCGCAUUUUCUGUGUCUUUACAAACCAGAACCGUGCCUGAUGCGGCCCUAGGGUGCUGCUGAUGCUGCAGGUGACAUAGAGGGAGGCCACUGACAGACCAGGCAUAAAUAUAAAGCCUACUGAUAAAGGACACCGUCAACUGUAUUAACGGCAAAAUAGCGUUAUGUUUGACAGGUGCAAUAUUUGAAAAUCGAUAUUUAUUUAUUUAUUUAUCAUUUAAAAUACAUUUAUAUCUAAAUUUAUGUCAACCUAUAGACUUUCAAACAUCCAAAUGUCAUUAAUUAAUAUGUAUUUGUGUACAAAAUGACAUAUAAACAUAUUUUCCUAUUCUAUUUUUGCCUGGAAACGCUUCCAACAUGCUUGCGUCUCGUGUGAAAAAUAGGCAUCGGUUCUAUUUCUAGCAUGCACGUGUUUUCCGCGCGGCUCAAGCCGCACUGGAGAUGCGCGUCUCACGCAGGCAGUCUGCAAGCUCUAACCUAUUAACAUGGGAGCCGAAUUAAAAACGGACACGCCGAUCACUUGAGACCCUUACGCCACGCAUCCAGUGUGUCACCGGCAUAAGCACGUGUAAAUGGCGUGUGAACCAUUUUGAGCUAUUUGUGACUUUUCCAGAUUAUCUGUCAAGAUUCAUAUAAAAAAAAGUGCAAAGAUGACCCCAAUUGAAAUUGCAAUGGGAAAUGCAAAAAAAUUUUAUUUGUCAAAAAAAAUCAUUGCAUCCAGAAUAUGCAUCAACAAAAAUCUACAAAAAAAUCUACUAUUUGAAAAAAUAUUUAUUUUUAAUGUUUAUAUAUACAUAAAUUCACAAAAUGUAUCACUAAAGUACUGAUGUUGAGCAGUUUGCCACAUACAGUAAAAUUAAUGGGUCUCUAUGGGCCUCUGCUGGUUGAAAUGAUUUAUUUCCUAAGCUGUAAUUCUUUUGUAAACACCUGAUGGCAGAAUUCAACACAUAACAUCUAGAUCAAUAUCUAAAAACAAUUUAAAUCAAAUUGAGAUAAUAAUUUAUGUGAAUGUUUCACAAAAAUUAUAUAUUUUACUGUCAAGCUAAUGGUGUAGUUGAGGAAUUUAGUGGUAAACGGGUACAAAAGUACUUCAUAUCUCCCAAAACACAGCAUUAAUGUAUAGAUGGGAAGUAAACAAAAAAAUUAUAUAUUAUUUGUAUCAUUAAAAAUCUAUAUAUUUUUUGUAAUCACUCUUUUAAUCUCUGGGGUCAUUUUUUUACCCCCACUGAACUAUAACGUAUACAUAAAAAUUGGGUCUUAUGAGGGUUAACUCUUUAAUUGCCAAGUUCAUAAGUGAUGUCCCUGAUUUGGGGAAAAAACACAAAAUGACAGAUUUUCAAUAUAAAAAGUGAUUGUGGACUGAAUUUUUUUUCUUGGGCAUGUCAAAGAUUUGUAAAAAUUUUUUUAUUUUUUGUGCAGCAUCAGAUUUUAUUUUUUUCUCCCUCAUUUAUGGUUUUUGGCCGUUUAUGCCCCAUUUACUUCCAUUAUAAGAAGAUUUUUUGAUUGCAGAGCCAUGACAUCUUAUUAUCAUGCAUUCUUGAUUGUUGGUGGUUUUUCCUUUUGCAAAGAGGUCAAAUUUAUCCUUUUUAUGGUUGAUCACCAUGUGGCACCAUUAACCCUUUAGUAGGCCUGUGCAAAAAACAGAGCUUAAUCUGUCUAAAAUGAUUCUGUUUUAAAUUAAGUUUUUCUAAAAAACGAUUCUUUCGCCCCCGCUUUCCCCUACACGUACAAAAUGUUGCGCAGCAUGUUUACUAACAACGCAAGCAGUGGUACUCUGACAUAAUAAUAUUUUAACAUUAAAGUUAUCAGGACAGAAGCAGUCGAAGUGGAGAAAAGAGACCGAUUAAAACCCCAGGUGUGAACCGUAUCCAGUCAACGAAAACACAUUUUAAUACCAAGUGUAAAUGUGCAAAGCAUAACUUUAGUAAUAACACCACACGUGUUUAU